AUGCAGUCAUCCGGCACUCAUCUCCUCUCGUCCGCCGCGCGUUCCCCCGCGCUGUCCACCCUCUGCGGCAGAAUGCGCUGCAUCUGCUGCGCGCCAAGCGCGCUUUCCGCCGCCCCGCGCCUUUCCCCCUCGCUCUCCGCCGCCCCUUCCCCCUCCGCGCGGAAAACCACACGCUCCUCCGCGCACAGCCUGCGCUCCGCGUUUCUUCCCCCCACCUUGGGAUUCCCGCGCAGUCUCGGCGGCGCUAGAGUCAACUUCCCCACACUCUCCGCGGGCGCUACCGCGGGGCGCGCGCGGAGGCUGGCGGUGGAGGCGCGGGGGAAGAAGAAGGGCGCGGAGGAGGGGGGCGCGGAGCAGGAGGGGGGCAAGUACAAGGGCACGGUGUGCCUUCCGCAGACCAGCUUUGGCAUGCGCGCCAACGCGAGUGUGAGGGAGCCGGAGAUCCAGACGCUGUGGGGGGAGUUGGACGUUGCGGGGAAGCUGCUGGAAACGAACCCGGGGGAGCCAUUCACGCUGCAUGACGGCCCGCCAUACGCCAAUGGCGAUCUGCACAUCGGCCAUGCGCUGAACAAGAUACUCAAGGACUUCAUCAACCGCUACCAGAUGCUGCGGGGGCGCAAGGUGAGGUUCGUGCCGGGGUGGGACUGCCACGGGCUGCCCAUCGAGCUCAAAGUGCUCCAAUCAAUGGACAGCAAGGCGAGGCAGGGAUUAACCCCCAUCAAGCUGCGCAAGAAGGCAGCACAGUUCGCCUUAAAAACAGUCGACAAGCAGCGGCAGGCCUUCCGGCGCUACGGCGUGUGGGCAGACUGGGAACACCCCUACCUCACUCUGCGUCCCGCCUAUGAGGCCGCUCAGCUGGGUGUGUUCACCCGCAUGGUGCUGAAUGGUCAUAUCUACCGCGGCAGGAAGCCAGUUCAUUGGAGCCCCUCGUCCAGGACUGCUCUUGCUGAGGCUGAGCUUGAGGGAACUCCUAGCCAGAGUCUAGACGUGCACGUUUCUCGAAGCAUCUACACCACCUUCCCUAUGCGCUCCCUCGCCUCCUCCUUGCCCGCCUCCCUCGCCCCCCUCCUCCCAUCGCUGGCCCUGGCCAUCUGGACCACCACGCCCUGGACCAUCCCUGGCAACGCCGCUGUUGCUGUCAACGAGAGAAUCUCCUACUCCCUUGUCGAAAUUGGUCCCCCUGUCGCUGCUGCUGAUGCUUCUGAUGCCGCUGCUGCUGGUGCUGGUUCCGCUGCUGCUGAUGAUGCUGCUGCUGCUGCUGCUCCUGCUCCGACCUUUGGCAAGGGCAAGAGGAACACCGGCUCGCUUCUCUCUUCCCUCUCCUCUGCUGCAACUGACACAGCCGCCGCCCCUCCCACCACGCGCCACGUCAUCGUGGCAACUGACCUCAUCCAAUCCCUGCAGGCCACGUGGCGCUGCUCCCUCACCCCAGUCGCCACUUUCCCCGGGUCCCACCUCGAGGGCUCCACCUACCAGCACCCGCUGGACGGCAGGAUUUGUCCCGUAGUGGUGGGCGGGGAAUACAUCACCACGGAGUCCGGCACGGGAUUGGUCCACACGGCGCCAGGGCACGGACAGGAGGACUAUGCGACGGGUCUUAAGUACGGUCUGGAGUUAAUCUCCCCUGUGGAUGAUGAGGGGAGGUUUACUGCGGAGGCCAAGGGCGGGGAGUUUGAGGGUCUGAGCGUCCUGGGCGAGGGGAAUGCGGCAGUGAUGACGGCACUGAAUGGGAUGGGGGGGUUGGGAGUGGUGUGCUGUACUUAG